UUGAUGCAAUUGUUUAUAAUUUGGCCGACAAAUUCGAUAAAUAUUUUAUAAAUCACGUCUACGGACCAUAUGCGCAUAAACCUGAAACAUAAACUUGUUAACUCUUUUGAAAAGCAGAAUGAUAACAUUAUAAGCGGCUUAACGUAUUCAUUUAAAAGAACAAAAAUGUUAAGUGGUAAAACGUUCGAGAAAAUGAUCUUAUCGAAAUAUUAAUCUGUUAAUCGCAUAUGAUCAGCGCAUCUGAUUCUGUUGUUCUGUUAUUUCAAAGUGGUACAGUAACUGUGCAAAAGCUACUUGUGUAUUCGACUACCCUGUUUCACGUAAAGAUAUAUCUCUACCUAUGUACUAACAAAUGGUUACUUCCCAUUCGUUUCUUUUUUUUAUCGGGAUGUAUAAAUAAGAAUCGUGGUUGAAAUACUCGUUAAUUAUCUUUAGGUAUCACCAACUAUCGUUGCCAUUGGACUGUCCCAGAAAUUGUUCUAUUACAACGUUUCAUAAUCUUCUGCCCUGGAUAUUUUUUUAGUUAAAUUAAAAUUUAACUUAAUGAAAAAAAGUGAUCGAUGUUGUGAAAAUAGUGUACCAGGAAUUAUGAAAAUUAUUGGAUAUAGUUUGUUCUUUUUAGUUUUUUGUUGUUGUCGCUCUUUCGCCGCAGACGACAAUGAAGAAGCGCGCGCGCGUCAAUUUGUCGAAAAGUAUGAUAAGGAAGCUGUCGAAGUGUCAUAUGAAUCGGCUCUGAAAUCAUGGAUUUAUAAUACCAACAUCACUGACUACAACAGUGAACAAAUGGUUGCCCAAGAUCUUGUGUCGGCAAAUUUCACCAAGCGGUCCGCCGCGGAAGCUUCUCAAUUCGACUACAAAAAUUUCAAAGAUGAAGAUUUGAAACGUAUGUUUAGAUUUAUUGCUGAACAAGGAAGGGAGGCUAUGAAAGAUCCAGCAAAACUUGAGAGAGUAAUGUGA